GACCGUUUCGUGUCGACCCCUGACCAAAGCCGUCCGCCGUACCCCCUCGCAACGGACACUUUCCAAGGCUCUCCGACGCACCAAGCGCUCCCGACGGUCCAAGGGGGCGGGGGGCAAAGCGGGGCAGCGGGGGAGGACAUGGUUUAUCCUGCACCACAGGGACAAAAGGGGGUUUCACCUCAGUGGCCUCACAGUCAGCUCUUCGAGUCGGAGGAAUACCAGACGCUGCUGCAGAGCACCUCCUCCCUGACGAUUUCAACGCAGCCACUUGAUCAGUGGAACGUUGUUCAUCCCAGCUCUGCUAUAGGCCCGAAAUCUGCUGACUCAGUCUACCGCCCUGCAUCAUCCGGGAUCCAUUCAUACCAACAUGAAGAAUCGGGGGGAUACAACCCCCAGGGGCCUAUGUACUUUCAAAGCAACAAUUAUGGAGCUUCCUCCUCUAAACCGAUGCAUCAAAAAAUGCACAGGGAAUGUGACGGACUGAUGCCCGCUGCGCCUCUGCAGACACCGGUGAUGAGUCUUCCCCCUCACUACGACCAUUACUCGCAACCAGUUCAAGGGCAUCAUUACCCUCCAGCAAUGCCCCAUUCGUUCCCGACAGGGGUACCGCAACACGUGCAGCAGCUGAGCAUGAACCAAAGCCAGCCGACAACCUCGUACUAUCACCCCACCAGCCCAUACCAGCAGGGCACCGCACCCCAAGAUGAAUCCCAGUAUCCACUUCAGCCAGCAAGCUCUCACUACAUGGGAUACCACGAUCCCAAAAGCUAUAACUACAGAGGCGACCUGGUAAGAAGUCCUGAAGCUCCUCCAGAAGCUAUUUACAAUUUUCCAAGCGACUCUACUGACGAUGAUGACGACGAGGAAGGAGCUCUUUCCGGAUCCGUAAGAGGCUCCGAAAUUUCUCAGACAGCUGAUACGAGUCCAGACUCGGCCCAGAAAAACCAGGAAGAACUGCAGAGGUACCACAUGAUUCGACAUCAAAAUAACUUGGCUUCCUGUCGCUACCGACAAAGGAAGUCGGAAAAUAUUCAUCGAAAUAAGCAAAAAUUAUUGACAUUGCAAACCGAGAAUGCGAGACUCACGGCUAAAGCUGCUGGGCUCCAACAGCUUAGGGAUGAAAUGGAAAAGUUUUGCCAGAACUUUUACAAGACACACGUUCACAAAUGAUAUGUAUGUCCCAUAUGUGUGUGUAUAUAUAUAUAUAUAUA